AUGGCUAAGCCUGCUCCGGAACUAAAGAGACUGAAGACACGCAGAGAGCCCAAAGAUUGCGGGCCCCUUCAACCCCACGUCACCGCAACCAACUCUCCCACCUCCUACCAAAUCAAUCCACAGCAGCCCUCGCCCCUCAUACCGCCAGGCCUGGACGAGAACAUUGUCGGCGAGAAUACUGUUGACGAGAUCACCGACGACGAGAGUACUGUUGUUGAGAGUACUGUUGACGAGAGUACUGUUGACGAGAGUACCGAUGACGAGAAUACCGUUGACGAGAAUUCUGUUGACGAGAAUACUCUUGACGUUGAGAAGAUUGACGACGAAAUCAUUGAGUCCACUGCUGCAAUCGUCGCCCUAAAUCGAGCGCACUCAGUGGAACCUACCGGUCCAAAGAGUGUCCAGCCAGAUCAAUCUGUGGGCCGUCCAGAGCCGGCAACAGUAGAGCAGUCACGCGAUCUAAUCCUCUACGACACAAGUGAUGCUCCUCUCAGCUCGAUUCGGCGUUUCUUGACGCAGCGUGCUCGGCCUGCCGUCGUCACAAGCAGCCGCAGCGACCAAGAGAGUGACGACUCUGAUUUCCUGAUCCCAAGCCCAUCGAACACAACCAGCCCCAAUGCCGACACCUCCGCCAAACCGAAAUCGUCGCGCUUCCAAAACACUAGAUAUGUCGAAGAUCACGACACUGAACCUCGGCUCCCGAAGAAUAGACAGCAAGCGGUGGUAGGUCGACUAGUCAACAUCCCCAUCACUGCUGCGGAAAAGAUCGUCCUCAGUCCAUAUUUCCCACCGUUUGCGAUGUUGAUGUUGAUGUUGAUUACCGUGGUGCUCAUCCUAUGGCGCUUCGAGUACUACUGCACAUCAAUCUCCAACGCUACGAGGGACUCCUUGAUAUGCUUGGUAGGAGCCAUCCAUUGGAGCUUCGAGACUACUGCCAAGUUUACUGGGGCGCUGUACCAAAGAGCCGAUGGAGCCAAGGGGUCGAUUGUUCAAUACGCUGCCCACUGGAUGCCCAGCUACAACACGACAACCUCGACACUGAGUGGCUCUUUCCUCUGUACAAGCAUUUUCGGUAUGUGGCUCCCAUCGUCGCUGCGGCUCUUCUGUCCACCGGCAUUCGCCUCAAAUGGCACAGAGAUACUCGAUGCGCUGAACCGGACCUCCGACGAAAUGGGACACUGGGCCGCUGUAGCGGAGGUUCUCAUGCCACAUAUCCACUCCUUCCAGCUAGCCACGAUCCCGCUUAGUCAGAACGGAAAGUUUAUUGAGUUUGAUCGAGUCCCUUUUGAUGAAAAGAAUCGGCUCCUCAUACACAUUCAUGGAUAUGAUCGGGGUCUUGAAGAUAGUGCUGACUGCAUGUUCGACAUCACGCUCACUACCGAUGGUAUACUCAAAAUUAUGAUCAUCAACUUCCAAGGAGUACACCGCAGGUUGCGCGACGUCAUGGAGACGGAAUUUGGAUGGUGGACUUCGCCGGCGAAGAAGCUCCGCCGUAUCGAUGAUAUACUUACGGUCCUACUGCUGCUGUUGGAUGACAAACUUGUUCUCUUGAUUACCGAGAUCGACAAGUGUCGAGUUGUCCUGCAAGAAACCUCGGAUCACGGACAUCGAAUCAGAGAUCUUGCUCACAAAUCUCAAACCUCCAUCGACCAAGAGAUCCGAAAGAAACAAGGGCGGUUUGGCAGACCUAAUCCAACGCUCACCCGCACGAAGGGGCUGUUGUCCGACAUUGUACAGCUUCCCACGGACCAAAUACUUGCGAAGCUUCAUGAAUCCAGAAGUCGACUGCUACGCCAUAGGGCAGAUGUCAAGAAUGCCAAGAACACCCUCAACAUGGCCUACCAACUGUCUGAGCAAUCUGGCUUGGAUCAGUUGAUGGCGCUUUUGCAGCAGGUCCUUGGGGGGUUGAGCAACACGGAUGGGAGGCUGGAGCUAGCCCGUGCCCAAGAUAAGGAGCAAUUUGAGGAGCAAAUCCGCCAGGGGCUCUUUAAAAGCACCGCUAGUGUGACAACCUUAAGGGGGUGGCCACCAAGACGCUACCGGUGA